GUAGCCGCCGCGGAGCCCACUGCCAACGCUCCUGAGCAGAAGAUGGCUGUGCCUCCCACGUAUGCUGAUCUUGGCAAAUCUGCCAGGGAUGUCUUCACAAAGGGCUAUGGAUUUGGCUUAAUAAAACUUGAUCUGAAAACAAAAUCCGAGAAUGGAUUGGAAUUUACGAGCUCAGGUUCAGCCAACACUGAGACCACCAAAGUGACGGGCAGCCUGGAAACCAAGUACAGAUGGACUGAAUAUGGCCUGACGUUUACAGAGAAAUGGAACACGGACAACACGCUGGGCACGGAGAUCACUGUGGAGGACCAGCUUGCGCGUGGCCUGAAGCUGACCUUCGAUUCAUCCUUCUCACCAAACACUGGGAAAAAAAACGCUAAAAUUAAGACAGGGUACAAGCGGGAACAUAUCAACCUGGGCUGUGACGUGGAUUUUGAUAUAGCCGGUCCUUCCAUCCGGGGCGCUCUGGUGCUGGGUUAUGAAGGCUGGCUGGCUGGCUACCAGAUGAAUUUUGAGACCGCAAAGUCUCGAGUGACUCAGAGCAACUUUGCGGUUGGCUACAAGACCGAUGAGUUCCAGCUUCACACUAAUGUAAAUGAUGGAACAGAGUUUGGUGGCUCCAUUUAUCAGAAGGUGAACAAGAAGCUGGAGACUGCUGUUAAUCUGGCCUGGACAGCAGGAAACAGUAACACUCGCUUCGGAAUAGCAGCCAAGUACCAGAUUGACCCAGACGCCUGCUUCUCGGCUAAAGUGAACAACUCCAGCCUGAUAGGAUUAGGAUAUACUCAGACCCUAAAGCCAGGUAUCAAACUGACACUGUCGGCUCUGCUGGAUGGCAAGAAUGUCAAUGCUGGUGGCCACAAGCUUGGUCUAGGACUGGAGUUUCAAGCAUAAAUGAAUAUUGUACAAUCGUUUAAUUUUAAACUAUUUUGCAGCAUAGCUACCUUCAGAAUUUAGUGUACCUUUUAAUGUUGUAUGUCUGGGAUGCAAGUAUUGCUAAAUAUCAUGUUAGACUUCCAGGUUAAAGAUGAUUCAGCUUUAGGGUGUUACCCUUUCAGAGGUACAGAAGAAACCCAAUUUCAAAAAGGUCCUUUCAGCUGUAGACUUGGUGGGGAGCUUGCUGGCCCCACUAGAGAUGUCAGGUUUCUUUUUUACCUAGAAAUGGCUGCAAGUGGAAGCUGAUAAUUUGCAGGCACUUUGUAAAUUCCUAUUGAGUAAUUGAAUGAAAUUGUAACUUCCUGAGAAUUGAACCUUGGUUUCCUACCCUAACUGAUUGAGGAGAGGCUCUUUGUUUGAUGGUGUGUACAAACUUAUCUGAAAGGGACUUUUUUAGGCAGGGACUUUUUCCACCUCCAUCCAUCACCUCUUUUACACAAAAAGUAGUGUGCAGGGUGUGGUAGCUCUUUCUUUUGUGCCAUUUUGGGGUGGAGAAGUUGUGAUGAAGCCAAUAAUUCAGGACUUAAUUCCCUCUCACAUUGUGGUUUUUUUGCCCUUGCACCAGAGUAUGAAGUAGCUUCUAAGAGCCCCAGCUGCAAGCUGGGAAGAGUCUCUGUGACUGUAAUCACAUGGUGACAACACUCAGAAUCUAAAUUGGACUUCUGUUGUAUUCUCGCCACUCAAGUUUAUUUUUUAGCAGUUUAAUGGGUACAUUUUAGAGUUCCAUUUUGUGUGGAAUUAGAUUCUCCCCUUCAAAUGCUGUAAUUAACAUCACUUAAAACUGGAAUAAAAUAUUGAAACCUUAAAAAAAAAAAA